UCGUUUGACUGCGAGAUAACAGUUGGGAAGGUACACUGGCCGCUAAUGAGGAGCGUAGCUUCUCUGUCGUUUCCACGGCAACCCUGAAUCGCCAUGUGAUGAAUGUGGUGCAGUAUUUUACAAAAACGCAUAUUACUUUUGGACAUAAUUGCUGUUAGUUACAUAGAAUGUUAAGAAAGCCCAUGCUUUUGCAUGUUUGUGUCGUUUUGGUUCCUUUUCUGUCUUCUAGCCUUUAUUCCCACUUUGUUCGGCUGUUCUUGAACGCACCAUCCAAAAUGAGAGUUAGCUACAGUGCUGAUAUUUUUGCCGUUCUUCUUUCACAGCGUCGUUGUUCCCACAUGCCGGUGCUGAGUGUGAAUGCAUUAAGCUUUGCCAAGUGACAGCAUGGGCCGACACCAGCUCUUCAGUCAUCCGGUGAAGCCACUGUCUGGAUUUUCAAGCACCCGUGGAAGAAGCCUGGAGAACUGACCUUCCCAGGAGGUCUGUCCACCGCCAGGCCUGUCAUGCUCCACUUGGAGUUCAUCACGCUACGAACCCCCUGCUGACGGCUCUCCAGGGCCCACGACCUUGUUGUCUACUUAGUGCAGCAUGAAGAACCCGGAAUUCCUCUUCUUCCUGACUCCAGACUGACCACAGUCUUUGGGUACAGAAGAUAUCAUUCCACCAUCGUCUGUCAUGUCAGGUACUUACACUCCGGCCCCAGGGGGGCCCUUCUCUGCUCUCACUCCAAGCAUGUGGGCCCAAGACAUCCUGGCCAAGUACCAUCAAAAAGAUAACUCGGAACAAAAUGAACUCAAGUAUGAUGAGUUUGGCUUUAGAGUGGACACAGAAGAGUCCAAUGCGCCCAGUCCUUGGCUGGGCACCGAAGGCUCGCCACAACGUGAAAACCCACAGCAGAGGUUACGGUGGCAAGCCCACUUGGAGUUCACACACAAUCACACAGUGGGCGACCUCACCUGGGAGCUCAUUGCUCCCGUCCUGCCGCGCUCCGAGCGUCUGCGCUCGCUCGUGUUGGGCGGUGUGCCUCACAGCAUGCGGCCACAGUUAUGGAUGCGUCUGUCUGGAGCAUUGCAGAAGAAGAGGACCGCUGACAUCUCGUAUAAAGAAAUCAUCAAGAACAGCUCAGAUGACGACACCACCACAUCUAAACAGAUAGAGAAAGAUCUGUUGCGGACAAUGCCCACCAACGUGUGCUUCAACAGCCUGACGAGCGUUGGCGUCCCAAGGCUGCGGCGGAUACUUCGAGGCCUCGCCUGGCUGUACCCCGACAUCGGCUAUUGUCAGGGAACUGGCAUGGUGGUUUCCUGUUUGCUGCUCUUCAUGGAGGAGGAGGAUGUGCUAUGGAUGAUGUGUGCCUUGAUAGAAGACCUUCUCCCUCCGUCCUACUUCUCCUCUACUUUGCUGGGUGUCCAAACAGACCAGAGGGUGCUUCGUCAGCUCAUUGUUCAGUACCUGCCAGCCUUGGACCGCCUUCUGCAGGAGCACGACAUAGAGCUGUCUCUGAUUACACUACACUGGUUCCUGACAUCCUUUGCUAGUGUGGUGGACAUCCGUCUGCUCCUCAGGAUUUGGGACCUCCUCUUCUACCAGGGCUCCUUGGUGCUCUUCCAGGUCACACUGGGCAUGCUCAAGCUCAAGGAGGAGGAGCUCAUAUCGUCGGAGAACUCCGCAUCCAUUUUCAACACGCUGUCCGACCUGCCGAGCCAGCUAAAAGACGGCCCUGCGGUUCUUGGCGAGGCGAUGAGGCUUGCGGGGAACCUGUCCCAGGAUACGCUAGAAGCUCACAGGCACAAGCACCUGGCUUACAUCCUGAAUGAACAAGCCCAGCUCAACAGUGGAAGCAACACACCGCUCAAUUCUAAUUUCAACAAGGUGGUGAGGAGGCAAUCCCUGCAUAGAAAGUCCACGCUAACCUCCCUGCUGUUUGGGGAGGACGAGGCCGAAGCUCUGAAAUCUAAAAACAUUAAGCAGACGGAGCUGGUGGCAGCCCUUCGAGAGGCCAUAACCCAGACUGCCGAGCAUUUCCACUGUCUGGACCCACGUCACUCCAGCGCCGAGCUAACCCCGGAUUACUCUAUGGAGAGCCACCAACGCGACCAUGAAAACUUCCUGGUCGUCUCACGAAACCGGCGGAGAAGGGCGAAGGCUUUGCUGGAUUUUGAGCGGCAUGACGAUGACGAGUUGGGCUUCAGGAAGAAUGACAUCAUCACUAUCAUCUCACAGAAGGAUGAACACUGCUGGGUCGGAGAGCUCAACGGUCUUCGAGGCUGGUUCCCUGCAAAGUUUGUUGAGAUCCUGGACGAGAGAAGUAAAGAGUACUCGCUAGCAGGCGACGACUCUGUAACCGAAGCUGUGACGGAUCUUGCCAGAGGGACUCUGUGUCCGGCACUCAAGGCCAUCUUCCUGCACGGCCUCAAGAAACCAUCCAUUUUGGGCGGGCCCUGUCAUCCAUGGUUAUUCAUAGAAGAGGCGGCCAGCAGGGAGGUAGAGAGGGACUUCAACUCUGUCUACUCCAGACUGGUGCUGUGUAAAACAUACAGGUUAGAUGAAGACGGGAAGGUUCUUACUCCAGAGGAGCUCCUCUACAGGGCGGUGCAGUCAGUCAACCUGACCCACGACUUGGCGCACGCUCAAAUGGACGUCAAAUUCAGGUCUCUCGUCUGCGUUGGCCUCAAUGAGCAGGUGCUGCACUUAUGGCUGGAGGUGUUGUGCUCCAGCAUGACGGCUGUAGAGAAAUGGUAUCACCCGUGGUCAUUUCUACGCAGUCCUGGUUGGGUUCAGAUCAAGUGUGAACUCAGGGUCCUUUCAAAGUUUGCCUUCAGUCUCUCUCAAGAUUGUGAGCUACCUGAGCGGAAAGAGGAGAAAGAGCAGAGGCCGCUGAAAGAGGGGGUGCAGGACAUGCUGGUCAAACAUCACCUCUUCAGCUGGGACAUAGACGGCUAGAUGAACACCAUCCAAACCACUCACUCACUCCAAAGGUGCCGCUUGCUGGCGUACGCAUGUGCGUGUCUUUGAAGCAUCUUUUUGUCUGGCUCUUACAGACUGGAAGUAAGACCUGGGACACAGUUUACAAGUAUGGACCACCAUGACACAUUUCAACAGCUCCUACCUUUCGAGGAAAACUGCACUUUUUUUGGAAUUUUGCCCAUCGUCCACAAUCCUUAUGUGAGACAUGAACAGCAGUCUUUCUUUUUUGUGUGCGUUGUAAAGAUAUAAAAACAACUAAAGAGGCAGCGAAGAAGGCACGUAACGGGACGCACCUAUUCCACCUAGAAAGCCUUCUGAAAAAACCUCCAAAAAAAUGCCCCAUUUACGUAAUAUGACCCGCAUAUUAAAGGGAUAGUUUUACUUAGUCGCUGUUGAUGUACAACACUGCUGAUGGGGAUGUCGACUUCAUGUCAAAAAAUCCAAACUUUCCCUUGAACCAAGCUAGAGUGACAUUAUUGUUAUUAACAUUGUUACGCCGAAGAACUAUGUUACUGGCAUACUGACACCUUGCCACACCACACCUGCUAGCUAGGCUGCUAGAAGCGACUAGCUUCACCACACACACUUGUGUUCACAAGUUCCGGUAAUACUUAAAAUGGCCAAAAGUAUUUUAUGUUAUGACUGUACCUGUUACUACAUGCUCACAGCAUGGAUAUAAAACUAUUAAACCUUGCUGGAGUUUUAACAGUGGGUCCUUCUAGGCAGAAUAGGUGUGUCCCAUUAUGCUCAUUAAUGAGCUGCCUCAAUUUUAGCUGUUUUUAUAUCUUACAAUGCACAGAAACAAGAAACUCUUGAUGUCUUACAAGGAUUGUAGAUGAUGGGCAAAAUUCCUAGAUUUCCUUUAAGGACCACUAGUUUCUAUGAAGUGUGCGUGCAUCAAGAUGCAACCUAUUUUUUGUUUUACCCCACAAGUAAAAAAAAAUAUAUAAAUAUAUAUAUAUAUAUAUAUAUAUAUAUGAAGUACAGAAUAAUCUGUAUCCUCUGGACUGCAGCGGUUCCGUCCGUCCGUCCGUUCCCCCCCCCCCGUUGGUGCAGGAGGGGACACUUGGAAGGACGUUCUUUGGCACUACUAACACUUUUGACAGCAAACUGACAGAUUAUUUAUUUAAAGACCAAAACAACAUUCCUUAUGAUGUAAAGUUCUAAAUGUAUUUUUGAGAGAAAUGUUAAUUAUCAGCUCAUAUUACACAAAAUGUUGGAAUACUAACAUCGCACAUGCCAAGAUAGCCUUCACAAAUUGUGUAUGUGUGUAAUAUCAAGAGUGGAAUAGCGUGCGUGCGUGUAUGCAUGCUACCCAAACAGUGGUAGUAAACAGGGCGCUCAAAACGAUAACUUUUUGUUGGACAAUCCAAAUAAAUGUUAUGAAAA